GACAAACUGCCUAUUCUCUCUCACAUUGUUUACUAAGCCCACAUCCGGGCACCUUUGAGUCGAAGGCCUCAUCAACUGUCUUCUGUCGGACCCAGCAACUGCAUGAUGCAAUGACCUUGAAAGAUCAAUGCGGCUUAAAUUGUUUACCGAUCCCCUUUGAAGGCGAUAUAUAACUGAACUUAAUAGCAUAGUUUAACUUCGUUGUAAUAACGUUUUAAUGAGGAACUCAAUGUUUUACACUUGCAUGCUGUUUCCGGUCCCUCGACACAUGCGCAAUAUGGCCUCCGUUUGCGUCAAAAAGUCUCUAAGCUAUGUCAAAUAUUUAAAGUUUCGUCGUAUUUUGAAACUCAAUUGUUUUUCUUCAACCAGUUUUGGUGUACGACUACACAGCACUUCACAGAUUGGUAGUGUUACAGAGGAAGAUGGUGCCACCCAGAGAGGUCAGUACAGAGGUCACAGGCCAACCACCCCACUCCAGAAGACCCUACUCACCCUGGGCUCAGCUGCCAUGGCCAUCCUGCACCCAGACAGGGGAGACAUGAUAGCUACUCUUGGUGAUGUGACAGCAGAGACAGCUUUAAAGCAAAUCAAGCAGAAAAUGGAGUCGGAUCCUAUUGGACAACAGAUCUUGAGAGAUCAGCCUGUGAUCAGCACGUCCACAAUAUCUAUAGACUACCUGGGCAGCCUGGGAGACAACACCUUCGGCAAGGAAUACUGGAGGUUCCUCACCAAACAUGGAUUUUCUCCGGAUGCACGUCUGCCAGUGCACUAUGUGGAUGACCCUGAGCUGGUGUACGUGAUGUUGAGGUACCGUCAGUGCCACGACCUGUUCCACACGGUGCUGGGUAUGAGACCCAACAUGCUGGGAGAGUGUGUCGUCAAGUGGGUGGAGGCCAUACAGCUGGGGCUGCCCAUGUGUGCCAUGGGGGCACUUGUCGGACCCAUCAGACUCAUGCCAAAACAUCGUCAAAACUACCUGACAACCUACCUGCCAUGGGCCUUACGUAAUGGCCAGAAUGGCAAGUUCUUGAUGAACGUGUACUUUGAGCGUGAGUGGGAGAGGGACCUGGCUGACCUGAGGCAGGAGCUGGGCCUGGAACCACCACCUGAGGAGCCCUACCCGAGAUGAGGGCAGCCUGGAACCAACACCUGAGGAGCCCUACCGGGGAUGAGGGCAGCCAGACACUAGUUGAGAUAUGUUUUGUUACAAAACGUGGAUUGCUUUUAACAAGUAUUAUGUGGAUUGCAUGAUAAACAGCUUGAAUGGCUGAGUUCUGUGGUACUUGCAUACAGCUGAACUGUGUGGUGAAAGUUCUAUGGAAAUUGAAUGAAUUCCAGUUAGCCAAGUUCAUCUGUAUUCAGCAAUAAACUGUAUCAGUGGCACUGUAUGUGGACAUAGUGUACUGAAUACAUGUAUAUAUGUAACACCAAAAUUCUAUCUGUAACUCUUCUUGUCCAUCAUAAGACCUAUGUGUUGAAAAAUGUUAUUUUAUUAUAAAUAAAUAUUGUUAACUAUUUUACAAAUAUACCGUAUUAUUGCAUUUAUGAUUUGUUGAAAUAAAACUUGUUAACAAAUUUUGCAUUAAUUUUCAUAAAAUGUAUUUGUUAAAAAAUCUAGGAUUUUUAUAACCUCAAUAAAAGCAAGAAAUAUAA